CGCGCCGCGGCAGUUUGGGCGCGCGGGGCCGCCGUAGGGCGGCCGGCGGAGCAUGGCGGCGGGCUCUGAGGCGCUGCGGGAGCGGCCGGUGCAGCUGGCGCUGGCGCUGGCCUUCGCCUCGGGCGUGCUGCUGGGCUGGCAGGCCCACCGCGUGCGCAGGCGCUUCCUGGCCUGGAGGAAGCGGCGGCUGCAGGCUCUGCUGGAGGCCACGCAGAAGAAGCUGGACGUGGCCUGAGCGGGCCUUAUACAGAUGAAAGCUGACAACUGAAUGAAAAUAAUUGGACCCCUGCUGCAUUGGUAUCUAAACACAGUUUAAAAGAUGGACUUUAAAAACAAAUGCUGUGAUAAGCAACCGUAUUCUAAAAAAGAAGGCAUCUGUGGUAUCAUACAAUCUCAUUUGCCCAAACUGACAUCAGCAAAAAUUAUCUUCAGAUGUAUCAGAAUAACCUAUCUACCAAAAUGUUAUGGGGUGAGCUAAAUUAAUUCAUAUGCAUUAUGACUGUGCAAACCUGUCACAUUAUGUUUUUAAGGGUUAUUUGUGUCUGUUUUGCUUUGUGACUCUUAAGGCUCAUCCUGAGCUACAUUUGACCCUUAUAUUUUAAUAAACUAAAAAUGAUAUAAUUUAAGUUACUUACUAGUAAUUUGUAAUAAAGUGUCUGUUAAGUGGGGAGUGAAAACACGUAAAGAUUCUGAUGUUAAAUGUUUUAGAUCUUUGAAAGUAUACAACCCAAAAGAGUCAGUCAAACAGAUUAAGGCAAAAGCAUACUAGCGUACAGUGAUAAGAUAAAUUCAUGUAUUAAAUCAGUAAUGCUGGGGUUCUUGUCUGAAAUUCAGCAAAAGUAUUCAUGGAGUUGGUAAGAGAUCUAGACAUAGAAUUCUCUAACUAAGAAUAUAUCAGCCCUUUAUACUUACUACUCCACAUCAUCACUUCCAGCAAAAAUGCUGGACAUCAUGAAUUAGAAUCCUUGGGACUUCUUUUGAUUAAUUUUGGCUGGGCCUCAUGCUACAUAUGUCAGCUAUCCCUAUCUUUCUGUUACUUCCAUUCAUACGUGCACAGCUUUCCCCUCCAAAAAAAAUCUCCUAAUCAGUGCAUUUUUAAAGUGUUUGUCUUGUUCUCCUUUUAUGUUUAUAAGCAGAUGCCAAUCCCACAUUGUGCCAGAAUAGUUAAAGGCUAUGUAGGUUCAGAAUUCAUCCCCUGCCCUUAGCUUUGACUUUAUUAAUAGGCUAAUGCAAAAAGAAAAAAAAACAGACUCCUGCCCAUGCCUUCUCCCCAAGCUUGGCUGUUCUUAGGAUUUUUCUCUUAGGACUGGCGAGACUUAGACCAGUGAUUCCCAAACAGUUUACUAAAGUGACCCAUCAACUGCAUUUUAACUUCUUUUUGCAACCCACUCUUACAUAUAUGCACCCUCUGCCUUUGUGCUGCAAUCUGAAUCCUGGCCCAGUGCAGAGGGGAAGUUGGGGGCAAGGGGGUUGGAGAGCAGGCCCACCCUGCACUUACCCCAUUGAGUUGCCUCUUGUUCUGCUGCACUAGGCCUAGCUUUCUCCUCCAGGUGUUAUAACCUGGUGGACAGUGUCACAGCACCACUCAGGUUUGGAGGACAGCCAGGCUAAACCUGAGUGGCUCUGCGACCCCAUGUGUCUGGUUGCAAUCCCCAGGACCAGCCCCGCAGGACAGAAGCCACCACUGUGGGGUGAGUGUGGGAUAGCCUCGCUUUCCAAUCCCCUCCUCUCUGCACCUGGCUGGUAAAGUGUACGUUUGCCUAGUUCAAGGCCCAGUGAUGCGUAAACCUGGUCCUGGACACGGUGAGCCAUCUAGAAUCUUCCUGAGACCCACCAUUUGGGAAACACUGGCAUAGACCCCCUCUGAUCAGGGGGCACUCUCACUUCACUUGUACCCAGAAAUAGUUCAUGAGGUGCACCUGUCACAAUGAAUGAAGAGGUUUUUAACUAAUAUCUCCCAUCAGAGUUCCAAUGCCUUCUAACAUGGUGGGUCAACAAAAGAACCUAGCUGCUGUGUUACAGUGCCAUUCAGAAUCUUGAAAUGUUGACUUUCCCAAGUUGGAAAUCUUGUGUCCUUUAGAGCUGAGAUGUAACUUGGUUACAGAAGUUUUCUGUGUAAUGCUGUAUCAGGCUGAUUUUGUGGUGAUAUGGCAUACAUUUGUGGGCAUCCUGUGCCAAAUGGAGCUGAGCUCAGGUAUUUUAAUGUCAUUAAUUGGAAGACAUGGUUCAUGUGCUAGCUCAAAGUCUGCACUCACUGACCUGUUAAAAUACAGUUGUACUUAUAUUUAUUAAAAAAUCUUGGGUGCUUUAA